AUGCCGGAACUGGCGCGGUCAAUCCCGCGCUCUUGGACUUCGACCUUGAAGCUUCCUAAAUCGACAUUCCCUCCGCGAGUAUCGGCCGUCGACCGAACGAAAUACCUCAAACGAUGCACCGAUGAUCUCUACGCAUGGCAGCAGCGAGAACGGCCAGCAAACCAACCAUUUAUCCUGCACGAUGGACCACCGUACGCGAACGGUGAGCUGCACAUCGGUCAUGCUCUGAACAAGAUUCUUAAGGAUAUCAUUUGUCGCGUUCAAUUGGGGAGGGGCAAGAGGGUACGCUACGUGCCUGGGUGGGACUGCCAUGGACUUCCCAUAGAGCUGAAGGCACUGCAAAACCUGCGCGACCUAGACAUUGAUAAGGAAUCAGUCAGUCCAGCAGUAAUUCGCAAAGCCGCCCGGCAGCUGGCGCGACAGACUGUGAAGGAGCAGAUGAAAGGAUUCCGAGGAUUCGCGGUUAUGGCCGAUUGGGACAAUCACUGGAAAACUAUGGACAAAAAAUUCGAGAUGCGUCAAUUGAGUGUCUUUCGGGAAAUGGUUGAUCGUGGACUCAUUUACCGGAAGUUCAAGCCUGUUUACUGGUCGCCUUCAACGGGUACGGCUCUUGCGGAAGCCGAACUGGAAUACAAGGAAGAUCACAUCUCAACUGCUGCAUUAAUUGCAUUCCCCCUCGUCGAUAUCCCGAAACAUCUUGCCGAAAAUACACUUCUUAGCGGAAAGAAAUUGAGCGCCGUGAUUUGGACUACAACGCCCUGGACACUACCUGCCAACGCCGCCAUCGCGGUUCAUGAGGAUUUGGAAUAUACCAUUGUGCAAUCAGAAAAACAUGGCCACCUCGUUAUUGCUCAGUCCCGAUUUGAGUACCUCCAGAGUAUGCUCAAAGAAGAACUGUCUGUCAUCGUCCCCUCUGUCAUGGGCUCUGAGCUAGCAGAGAAGACGACGUAUAGGCCUCUGUUCAAGGGACCUGAUGGUGAACCCCAGCCCAUCAUCGCGGCUGACUUCGUCACUGCUGAUUCUGGCUCUGGCAUGGUUCACUGCGCGCCCGGUCACGGAAUGGACGAUUACGAAGCUUGUCUUUCACGCGGAAUCCCCGUAUUCGCUCCCGUCAACGAUAAGGGUGAAUUCACCGAUAAAGCCAUGCCCCUGGACCCCACACGACUCACCGGAAAGCCCGUCUUGGGAGAAGGUAACACUGCAGUCUUGCAAUGGGCCGAGUCGUGUGAUCAACUGCUUGCCCAGCACAAGUACGAGCACAAGUAUCCCUACGACUGGCGGUCAAAGCUUCCAAUCAUUGUCCGGGCUACUGAGCAAUGGUUCGCCGAUGUGGCCGAUAUUCGUGGUCCCGCCCUUCGAGCGCUGGAAGAUGUGCGAUUCGUUCCCGAGGCUGGAAAGCAAAGGCUCGAAAACUUCAUCAAGAACCGCAGUGAAUGGUGCAUCUCGCGGCAGCGCGCGUGGGGAGUUCCGAUUCCUGCGAUCUACCACCGGACUACUGGAGAGGCUGUCCUCACCAAAGAGAGUGUCUCACACAUUAUGGAUACCAUCGAGGAGCGAGGCAUCGAUGCCUGGUGGACCGACAGUGCGGAUGACGCUGCAUGGAUCCCUCUGUCCUUGAGAAACGAGUCUGGGGCGGGCUACCGACGUGGAACGGACACAAUGGAUGUUUGGUUUGACAGUGGUACAAGUUGGGCCGAGAUCGAUGUCCCCGUCGAGGGACGUAGCCACCCAGCCGACGUGUAUCUCGAGGGUACCGAUCAGCACCGUGGCUGGUUCCAAUCCGGACUACUCACGUACAUUUCUCACCAGCUUGCUUCGGGUCAGACCGCGACCCCUGGCGCGCCUUUUAAGAAUUUGAUCACGCACGGUUUCACCUUGGACGAGGAGGGACGAAAAAUGAGCAAGUCCAUCGGCAACACUAUCCACCCGCAGACUAUCAUGGACGGAACAUUACUGCCUCCUCUCAAACCUCGCAAAGUCAAGGGCAAGAAGGCGCCCGAGAACCCAGAGCCUGUGUAUGAUGCGCUCGGUCCCGAUGCUCUCCGCAUGUGGGCAGCCAGUAGUGACUACACGCGCGACGUGGUGAUCGGUAAACAGGUACUUCAGACUGUCAAUACCAGUCUUCACAAGUUCCGUGUCACCUUCAAACUGCUGCUUGGCGCCCUCGCCGAUUUCCACCCCGAUCACAUUGUGCCCUAUGAGAAGCUGCAACUUGUGGAUCGAAUUGCAUUGAAGCAUCUCUCCGACAUGGUGCUUACUUCCCAAAAGGCAUGUGACAACUUCGAGUUCUACAAAGCCGUGAGCAACAUGAACCGGUGGGCCAACCUCGAGUUCUCCGCUUUCUACAUGGAAGCUAUCAAGGACCGGCUCUACACUUUAGGUGAGAACAGCACCAGUCGCCGUGCUGCGCAGACCACCUUGUUCUACAUUUUCAAUCACCUCCAAGAGGUUCUGGGUCCCAUCACUCCGAUGCUCGUGGAGGAAACCUGGGAACACACCCCGGAAACCAUGCGCUCUCUUAGCGAGCAUCCCCUGCAGCGUAUCGUCUCCGCGCCCGCGCCGGAAUGGCAGGAUGCCCAUCUGGACAGCAGCUACCAAGAGCUGACUGUAGUUCACUCCACCAUCAAGAACUUGCAAGAGCAAGCGCGCAGCAAGAAGCAGCUGGGCUCAUCUCUGCAAUCUUUCGUGCAUCUUGUUCUCCCCUCGAACACUUUCGAGCAGUACCUACCGGAGCUGCCUGAUCUUUUUGUAGUCUCCUCGAUCACUCUCGCCUCUCCAACGGACCCUGUUCCCCCUGAAAUCGCUGCCGCAGAGUGGCAAUACUCCGAGACCUUUGAGCUCGGUGGCCAGGCCCAGGUGCAUGUGUAUGCACCGCAGGCAUCCAAAUGUCCCCGGUGCUGGCGGUACGCUCUCCCGGUGGCGACGGAGGACGCCAUCUGCGACCGAUGUGAUACAGUCGUGCAUGCGCAUGAACUGCACUAG